AAAAGAGCCCACAAGUUCUGUCCAGGAUUCCAGUGAGGUAUUGAGCAUGUCUUCACUGUCCUCUGAUGGGUCUUUUGAUGAGAGUUCUGACUCCUCCAUGAGUACAACUUCAUCAGAUGAAGACAGUGAGAAGAGGAAGAAGAAGGGCAGAGCAAAAAAGCACAAGAAGUCAAAGAAACAUGACCAAAAACCUAGAACAAGAGUCCAGAAUCCUAAGCAAGUGGUCACCCGGUAUAACAAGAUUUUGAGGCUGUUCAAAAGAGGAGGGACCAUGUCUGCUGCCUUGAAACGUCUGGGAGUGGACCGGAACACGAUUGUGGCAACUGCUCCAAUUGCUGAGCUAUUCAUUGUUGCACCUGAGAAGUAUACAGAAUUAGAAAAAAACAAGCAGGCACAGAAACUUUCAUUGUUUGCUACACAGUGUGCUGCAGCAAUCAGUGCAGAUCCAGAAGUCUGACAUUGUCAGACUGCAUGCCACCGAUUGGCUGGUCAGUAGCGUCACUCGAUCAGUUACGAGAGUGGCUCAAUCAUGAAAAUCAAAACCGCCAUUUUUGAAACCCAGCAAUGACAGAAAUGGCUACAGAAGACAAUGCCACAUUCCCCAAGUCUGACGAAAAGCAACAGACCGAGCAGCAGGUAUAUUCUUGCCUCAAAGUCUGCCUUUUUUGUAGCAUUCGUGUCGCGUAUUAAUUACGUCGUGGGAUGCUUGAAAGCAUUGCUAUGACAAUGAUCAUGCACCUUAGGAGGUACUCAAUUGUUAUGAAAAACUAGUUGAGUCGUUCCUAGUCAAUCUGAGUGGGUAGUAACGGAAAAGGGACUUUUGUGUUUAAUCAUACGGUAAUUUCUAGAGACAAAAAAACAGGAGGUAGCGGUUGAACAACUAUUCAUAACUACUGGAAAAUAAUUUUUGUACAUUUAAAGGAUGCAAGCCAGCAGAACCAUACCUCUUUAUUUAUAGCUUUUUUCAUAGACAGGUCACAAAGUGGUUUGCAAAGAAUUGGAAAGGCAUUAAAAGCAAUGAAAUAGAUACAUACUCUAUUUAUCCCCCAAGGGAAGUUGUUGUGUCACAGCAACACGGUAAAGAGUAAGAAUUGUACAGUCUACAUUGCACAGUAAAUAAACAGCACAGGUAUAAAAAAGAAAAGAUUUUGAUUGGGUGUGUUCACCGGUCACAAUCUUUAUGGCAGCAAGUUUGAAUCAGUUUGAGGGAGAAGAUUACAAAUAUGAGUCACUGAUUAGAUUAUGUGUGACUGCUAUGCCAGUCAUCCACACCCAGUAUUUUUUUUUUUGAGUCAAUCCAUUGCACCUCGUCAACCUGUUCCCCCAACAUGCAACAGAGUAGAGGCAGCACUGGUUACAACAGACUCAUAGAAAAUCCAGAGCAUUGUCUGACAGAUGUUGAAAGACCUCAGCCGCCUUAAAAAAUAGAGACAAGUCUGGCCCUUCCUGUAGAUCGUAGUACAUGGUGGUACCACCAUCUACAGGAAAGGCAGGCAUCCUUUCAUGAUGGUUCCUGUUCUUGCUCCUCUUCGGGAGGUAUUCACUAAGCACAUGAUCAGUUGUGGCCAUCUUCCUGAUGUACUAAUGGAUCUUUGUUGUGCUAUAACUUUUACAGUCUCACUAAAAUAAUAACACAAAAUAGUCAUUAUAUACUUUUUUUUUAAUUGAUAAUUGCUCAAAUGUUUUUUAAUUUUUUUA